AUGAGUAAUUCUGCUAAUUAAGCAAAAGGUACAAUUUUCCAGGAGUGGAAAAAUCUUUAGGAUUAAGACUCAAUCAAGAUCCACGAAAACAAGAGAGAACUUGAGAAGAUUGAGUACAAGGGUCAACAAAAGAUUAGAAAAGCUGUUGAAGUGAGAUCAUUCCUGAUUAAGCGCAGAGUUACCAGUGGGUUUAUUGACAGACAAAAGAUCAAGCCAUUUGGUAUAGGAAACUCUGAAGAUGAAGUUAGAUAGAAUGUCAACCUCACCUCUAUUCAAAGAGAAAACGUAUGGCAUCCUUACUAUGAAAUCAAAGUUGAAGAAGAAGACUUCAAGGAAAAGAUUCAAGCCAAGCAAAAGGAAAAGAAAGAACAGGAGGGAAACCUAGAGAUAAAGGAACUAGAAAAGAAAAUUUAGGCUUUAGAGGAGAAAGAGAGACAAGAACAGUAGGAUCAGUUUGAGUUGAGCCAAGGCGGCCCUAAGAAGAAGCUUUUCGACUUCGCAGCUAUUUAGCGAUAAAAGAAGCAAGACGAAAUUCAGGAGAUGUCAAUUCCUCAGGAGGACCCAUACACAGUCAAGCUGAAGAAUUUGUCAAGUGAUAUCACUGAAGAAGAUAUUGAAAGGGUUAUGGCUAGGUUCGGUAAUGUUAUUAAGACCAAGAUACCCAAGGAGGAACUCAAGAAUGGAAGAUUCAGAUCAUACGGAUUCGCUUAUGUCUCUUUUGAUACUAUUGAGUCUGCUCAACUGGCUCUAGCAGAAAAAGAAGUAAAUGUUGAAUACGCCACUCUAGAUAUUGAAGUAGCUUUGAAAAAAGUGAUGCAGCCAAGAGACUAAGUUAAACUGCCUUCAGAAUUUGAUCAGCUGAAGAGAAACAAAGUAUGA